AUGAAUUCCCUGAUCGGCAAGGAAGGUGACGUCGAGUUCAGCCUGCACGAUAGGCAGGUCAGCGUGAUCAUCCUCCUCUUGGUGGCCGUCGUGGCCGGUGUGUGCCGCGCACUGCGACGCUUCGUCAACAUCCCCGUCGUUGCCGUGGUCGUGGCGCUCGGCUUCGGCGCGGGUCGUCUCGUCGGUGGCUACAACCUCAAGGAGAAGGUGCUUCCGGUCACGGACCUGCAUAUCCGGGAGCUACUGUUCCUCUACCUUCCCGUGCUCGCGUUCACUGGCUCGAUCAACCUUCGCGGCCACCUAUUCAGACAGUGCUUCUGGCAGUGCGUGCUGCUUGGCUUCGGUGGCCUGCUGUUCAGCACCUUACUCUUCAUGCUGUACAUGUCGGGCACGCGGGACGCCGAGAAACAGCACCUAGCCGAGACGGUGCUCAUCAGCCUGCUCACCUGCUGCCCCGAGCUCAUGUUCGUGUCGGACAUGAACGCGCUCUCGUCAGCCCGCUCGCACAUCCUCGAGACCAUCAUCAUGGGCGAGCCGCUUGUCGGAGCCACCGUGCUCUGGAUGGCCUACCGGUUCAGCACGCUACCCGAGAAGCUGACUAUUUAUGCCCUCCUAAAAACGGUCACGUGUACACUGUUCAUCGGGCCACUGGUGGGCAAGUUAAUCGGCCACGCGCUCGCGACGUCUAUGGUAUCGCUGGCGCAGGACCUACCCGUCUCGUUCGUGGUGAGCGCAAUCAGCGUGAUCGCGACGUGGGCCUUCUCCGAGCAGUUCAUGCACGGCGCUGGCAUCAGCACCAUCAUGUCGAUGGGGAUCGCCACCAGCUCUCACUCGACGGCCACAGUGUACAACCCUGUCGCGCUCAAGAAGUUCUGGAUGCUCAUCAGGUACGGCUAUAACGUCGUCCUCAUUUUCCUGUCGGCUUAUCGGAUCGGCCGCGACACGCGGGAGUAUCUGAGCUGGCACGAGAUAAUGAGCCCGGUCAACGCGUAUGUUGCGAAGAUCGGCGUCCGGUUCGUGACCAUAAUCGUGCUGUAUCCGCUGCUGGUAUCCGUGGGCUACAGCCUCAGUUGGCAGCAAUGCUUGAUUGUGGCCUGGGCGAACUUCAAGGGUGCCAUAAUGAUCGGCAUGGACUUGACAAGGGCUUUUCCGACCGUCAACCUCGAAUACGCUCUUAAGGAACAGUUCAUUCGCCUGGGAACGCUAUUUCUUGUGCAGGUCCUCAACACCACUACGCUGCCGAAACUCAUGUCAAUGCUGGGGCUGCUGGCGCUAUCGGACGUAGAAAGGGCGAACAUGAACAUGGUUAUAGUUGCGCUUCGCAACACCGCAAAUUCGUCGACUAGCUUUCAGCGGCGCGACAAGAAGUUCUCGGGUGCCGACUGGAAGUGGGUUCAGAUGCACACGUGCAUCGACAACCCGUAUAUAGGCGUCGAAGAAGAAGAUCACUGCCGAACAGACGGAGACUUACAUGCCCGCUCGCGUCUACAGGAAUGCUGCUGCAAGAAAGGCCAGCUGCUCCAUCCUCAGGCUCCAGAAGGUCUGCUGCAACAAGCAAUAUGA